CUGUUUAAACAAUACACCAAACCUUCAGAGGUUCAACACGACUUUUCCCCCAACCUUUUUUUCUACCCGGUCUUUAUUUUUUUAUCUCUUUGUGGACACCACAACAACUACACUGACGUCCCUUUUGUAAAGGUCGCUCUUUCCCGUCCUACUCCCAGAACAUCUUUCUUUUCAGAUAUUCUUUGUCAAGCCGCCAAAGUGGAGAGUGUCGUCGCACCAGGGGGUCCUUCUCGUUUCAGCGAGUUCCUGGGGAAGACCCCAGGUUCUGGCGUUCAGAGAUGGGUACCUUCUCGAAGCACUAGACGAGAUGUCAACUCCACCAACGAAAAAGGGCAAAAGGAUGCAAUCUUCCGGAAAGUGAGAGGCAUACUUAAUAAGCUGACUCCUGAGAAGUUUGACAAAUUAUGCUUGGAGCUCCUCAAUGUGGGCGUAGAUUCAAAACUUGUCUUAAAAGGAAUCAUUUUGUUGAUUGUUGACAAAGCCCUUGAAGAGCCCAAGUAUAGCCAGUUAUACGCUCAACUAUGUCUACGCUUGGCAGAGGAUGCACCAAACUUUGAAGAACCAUCAACCGAAAGUCAAGCAACACAAAAGCAGAAUACUACCUUCAGACGGCUUCUGAUUUCCAAGCUUCAAGAUGAGUUUGAGAACCGCGCCAGAAAUGUUGAACUCUUUGAGAAAAAUGACAACCCACUCACCUCUGAGGAGGAGGAGCAGCGUGCUAUUGCAAAGAUCAAGAUGCUGGGCAACAUCAAAUUCAUUGGGGAACUUGGCAAACUCAACCUUAUCCACGAAUCUAUCCUUCACAAGUGCAUCAAAACACUUUUGGAUAAGAAGAAGAAAGUCCAACUCAAGGAUAUGGGUGAAGAUUUGGAAUGCCUCUGUCAGAUAAUGAAAACAGUGGGACCUAAACUUGAUCAUGAAAAGGCUAGGUCUUUGAUGGAUCAGUAUUUUGGCCGCAUGCAAUCCUUAACGACCAACAAGGAGCUGCCAGCUAGGAUUCGUUUCCUGCUGCAGAAUACAGUGGAGCUGCGAGACAACAACUGGGUGCCCCGCAAAGCUCAUACUGACAACGGACCAAAGACGAUCAACCAAGUUCGUCAGGAUGCAGUAAAGGAUUUGGGUGUUUUUAUUCCACCUCCAACCGAUGGAAUGAGGAAUGAAUUCUUCAUGGAAAACUCCUCCUUCCUGCCAACAAGGAUCAAGUUUGACAGGGAAACUCUUGGUGGGCUGGCUGAUAUGUUUGGACAAAUGCCAGGGAGUGGCAUUGGUACAGGUCCAGGAGUCAUUCAGGACCACUAUUCCCCUACCAUGGGACGCCAUCGCACAAACCCGCACUACAACGGCCACAUUGUCAACGGCAGCAGUUCACACCAGCCUCAGUUUGAAGCAGGAAGCAAGCCUUUCAUAAAACCAAACCAGGGGCAGCAGUCACCGGUUUUUAACCACAAACAGAAUCACUUGGUGCAGAUGCAGACUAAGGACAUGGCUCCACGUUUCAGCAAGAAGGGGAAGGUCAAUGCUGAUGAGAUCAGUCUGAGGCCAGCACAGUCCUUCAUCUUGAAUAAAAAACAAGUGCCGAAGCUGCAGCCACAGAUGACUAUGAUGCCUGCCCAAGGUUCUCCUCUGGGACAGGCUCCACAGCUUGGCCUGAAAAUCAAUCCUCCUCCGAUUCAGGAAAAACCUGCAAAGUCCACUAAGAAGGCCCCUCCUACAAAGGAAGAGUUGAGCAAAAUGACAGAGACACUAGUUGCAGAUUACCUGAACAACAAGAACAUCGACGAGGCGGUGAACGCUGCGAGGGAGAUGAAGGCUCCGAAGCACUUUUUGUCUGAGAUGCUGAACAAGAUGGUGGUCUAUUCCCUUGAUCGUUCAGAUGAGGAUAAGGAACAUGCGAGCACACUGGUCCACACACUCUGCACAGAGGGCAUUGUCACUGGUGAAAACCUAUUGCAGGCCUUUUUGAAUGUUCUGGACCAGUGUCCAAAGAUCGAGGAAGAAGUCCCACUGGUGAAGUCCUACCUGGCACAGUUUGCAGCACGUGCGAUCAUCGCCGACCUGGUCAGCGUUGCAGAUUUGGCCCACCAGUUGGAGAAUGGUGCACAUUUCCCGCUGUUCUUGCUCUGCCUGCAGCAGAUGGUCAAACUGAAGGACCGUGACUGGCUGGUUGACCUGUUCCAGCAGAGCAAGGUCAACAUGCAGAAGAUGCUACCUGAAAUUGAUCAGAACAAGGACCGGAUGCUGGAGAUUCUGGAGGGCAAAGGUCUCAGCUUUUUGUUCCCGCUCAUGAAACUGGAAAAGGAGCUGCUGAAACAGAUCAAAGUAGACCCCUCUCCACAGUCCAUCUACAAGUGGAUCAAAGACAACAUCUCUCCUAAACUCCACACUGACAAAGGCUUUGUCAACAUCCUCAUGACCAGUUUCUUGCAGUACAUUGCGUAUGAGAUCAACCCAGACGAUGACGAAGAGCAGCUUGCAGCGCCCAGCAAAGAGCAGCUGGAAGAGGAGAAGCAACUUCUGCUGUCUUUCAAGCCAGUGAUGCAAAAGUUCCUACACGAUCACAUCGACCUGCAAGUCAGUGCGAUGUACGCCCUGCAGGUCCACUGCAAUGCCAAGGGUUUCCCCAAAGGCAUGCUGCUGCGCUAUUUUGUGAACUUUUAUGACAUGGAAAUCAUUGAAGAAGAAGCCUUCCUUUCAUGGAAAGAGGAUGUCACCCAAGAGUAUCCAGGAAAGGGGAAAGCAUUAUUUCAGGUGAACCAGUGGCUGACCUGGCUGGAGACUGCAGAAGAAGAGGAGUCAGAGGGUGAAGAUUUCUGAGGAACCAGGUCAAAGCCAUGUGAUAUCAGGAUGCAAUGGAAGAAUUUUUUUUUUUCUUUUUUUUCCAAACUUUGUAAUUUCUCUUUUUUUGGGGAGGAGGGGUUUGCUUUUGUCCUUCCCUCUCUCAAACCAACUGAUUCUUUCUCCUCUUUAUGAAUAUUUUCAACCACUGUUACAAUUCAUUCCACUAUGAAAUAUUUUGUCAGAUCAAGCCAGCAUCGCCACCAUCUUAUUGUAUUUAUGCUUCUCUUUCUGAUUUUGUUUCAUUCUUAUUUGAUGUCCUACAGCAGAUGUUUUAUACAUUUCGAUCAUCUUGGGUUACGUUUUCUUUACAGUAGGCAGUAUUGUGCAGGGAAACUGUACCAGCACCAAAAUCUGACCCAUUUUAUCACCUUUUACAUCUGGUGUCACAAAGUGCUGCCAUAACUAUUAACUUAAAAACUGUUUACAAAAGAGAAAAGACUUUAACAUAUUGCAAAGAGACUUUUCUCGUUGUUUUAUCUACAUUUGCUAAUCAGUUUUUAGAUGCACUUUGCUCAACGUCAUGAGUCGUUGCAAUAGUAAGAUACACUUUCCUUGAUUUGUUGAAACGAUCUAAGUUGCCGUUUUUUGGCUGCCAUAAUUAUAAUGGUUAUCUUGUGCUUGGAAGCAGACCAUUUUGUCCGGCUUCGACGAUGUCUCACAACAAUGGCCUGUUUUGUUAGCACCGUGAUUUUUCAGCUACCCACAUUUAGUUUAAUGAAUCAAGAGCUUUUUAAAUGUAAAAACUUUUGUGCUGUUAGGAAUGAAUCUGUGUGGCCUUUUUUUUUCUUUUUUUUUUUCUUUUUAAUUUAUCAAUUCAUAUGGAUAUACCUCUAAUGUACCUCGGACUAUACUUGAAUGUCUCGGUUUUUAACUUUGAGACAGCCAAAGCUUAGUUUCCUGUGCUACAGUUGUUCACCACCACGUGUGGGAAAUUUUAGGUCGGUUUGCCAUAUUUGUCAAGUUUUUAAAUGGUCUUUUUAUCUUCAUGAAAUUAUAAAGAAUGCACUGUAUGUGUACACUUAAACCUUCUCCUGGAGUCUCACUGUAAUGUUAAGUACAGGAAGCUUGAGUGUACAACUACAGAUUUACCUUGAAUAAAGUUUAACAGUUCA